AUGCGAAAUUUGGAUAUAAAUACAUAUGCUUUAGAUGCUUACGGCGGUGAUCGAAGACAUUUUUCACUCCAUAACAAGCAACCCAGAACAUUCCCUUUGAUUUACAAUAGGUCUAUCGUAAAGAGAAUGUGGACAAGAUUACCUUUCCUUUUAAUGCUUGGGUUGGUUUCUGCGAAACCGGUGCCAGAAAUUAGCCUCCAAGAGAUAGAGAAAGAACUUCAGGAGUUAACUGCAAAGGAACAUGAUACUUCAGAGACAACAGUAAAGAAGACUGAUCAAGCAGACACGCCCAAAGAGACAAAGUCUGAUGUGGCUACAAAGGAGGAGACAAACAGCGAGGAAAGUCUCAUAAAAAGUUCUCUAGAUGCAACAGAGAAGAAAGAAGUAGAGGUGAAAAGUGAUGCAGAGACUGAGAGAAAGAAAUCUGACUAUCUUGAGGUACCACCAAGAAAACCAGUUAAACCAGGUCCUCCAGAGAUUCCUCACCGUGAUGCUGCUAAAUAUGACUUUAAAAAUUCUGAAGCCUACAGGAGACUAAUAGAAGCAAGAAAUUCACGAUUGUUGUCUCAGCUACGUGAGGACUAUGAUAACGAAUACCCUCCUCCACCUUUUAAAAGACCUAAUUUUCCCGAAGCUCCCCACAGGAGAACAUAUGACACCUAUCGUAAGAAUUAUGAUUAUAUUCCAAAGGACCUCUACGCGCCAUGGGAUCGUACUGGAUUCGAAUCAAAUUCUGACUCAUCAGCAGGGAUGAGAGGAAUGCCAUACGACAUGACCAGAGCAGAACGCAUGGCGCUUCUUUCUGGCGGAAAAUGGCUGCCAGGUUCUCGGGCUGUAAAAGUUCCGCAUAUACUGCCUCCCCCAAGUUAUCCAGAUGUCGAUACUCGGUCAUACAACAGCUUCCAUGGAAAGAUGGACGAGAAAGAGACUGAAGACCUGAUCCGUGGUAAAGAAGGACUGACAGAGACAGAGAAGCGCAAGCGUUUACUUACGGACCUAUUGGCGGAAAAGCUCAAGUCAAAGGUGAGCGAAGCACACAAUCGAGGCAUCGAGAUUCCAUCCAAAAUACAAGAAUUCCUUUGGAAUUAUGAAGCACGUCGAACAUCGGACACACGAUCUGAGAAAGACCGUCUAAGCCACUGAGGAGUUGGUGUGAUAAGAAAUUCCCACUGAUUGGAAAGCGCGACUAACACUUAAUGAUAGGUAGUUAGACAUUUAGCUUUGAGCACAACAGUUACAGCACAGGCAGAACUUUAAUAAGAAUAUUUUCACUGUAUAUUUAGAUUAAUUACACUAUGGAGCAAUGUUUAAUUGA